AUGACGACUGCGGUCCAACAGGUUGGUGGUGGGCCAACGCCCGUACGGCCCUUGAGUGUGAACGGCGCAGCUUUGGUCGGCAUGGAUAUGGACAUUGACCGGCGUUCACUAUCACCGGCCACCAACGGGGUCAAGUUUGGCAGUGGCCCGAAAAGGGGCGACACACGCAUCGUCGUUAUUGUGUAUGGGCAGGGCCAGGAAAAUAUUGUAUCAAUCUUUGCGGAUGUUUUGGGCAAGCCCUACCGAGUAGCCGCCAAUUUUGAGAGUAUCACCUCUGCGGAUCAAGAUGUUGUCGUUGGAGUGGCAGCGGAGAAGGCUCAGGAGGACGUAUCGAGUCGAGCCAAAAACCUCGUAGUGGCCAUCAACGCCCACUGCGUCAACCUGGGGAUGCCGCCGGACGUGAAGCUGUCGGCCGAAUGUGACUACGAAUUUCUAUACUCAGAAACACACUUCUUCCGGAGAGAUCUAACUCGCUUUACGUCAUUCGUCCUUGGUCAGAUCAACCAUCACGAGGCCUUGAUGGCAAAACCACGGACGUACUUCAUCUCGACAACUUUCCCCGAUGUUCAUGCCGCCCUACCAAACAUAGAUAUCCUGACAGUCGGUGCUGACGCAGUAGAGCUGCGAGUCGAUUUAUUGAAGGAACCCCUUAGUGACGGGACAUUUGCCCCGAUACCCAGCCUCAGCUACAUUGGAGAGCAGGUCAUGCUGCUCCGCCAGCGCACGGAACUACCGUUAAUAUUCACGACGCGGUGUACGAAGGAGAACGGCCGCUUUCCUAUGGACAACCCGGAUAUUUACUACGAGUAUCUGUAUAGGGCCAUUCAGUGGGGCGUUGAGUACAUCGAUGUUGAGGUGUGGUUGCCGGAGGAGAUUCGACAGAGAUUGUACGAGCAAAGAGGGAGCAGCCGCAUAAUGUCUGCCUUUCACGAUUUUUCAUUCACAUUUAAGUGGCCUUCAAUCCAGGCACAGUCUAUAUUCCUCGAGUCACGCAAAUAUGCCGAUAUCGUCAAGAUGAUCGCUUUCAUCAAUGAGCAUAACGAGAACUUUGAGCUUGAGUAUUUCCGAUCUAAGAUCCGGGCAGAAUAUCCAGACGCACCACCAUUGUCCUUGAUCAACAUGGGCGAAACAGGACAAUUCUCUCGAACUCUGAACAAGGUCUUCACGCCUAUUACUCAUCCACUACUACCUAUCAUAGCCGCACCUGGCCAGAUGAGUGCUGCCGAGAUCAACGCCGCCCUCUCCCUACUUGGUCAACUGCCCAAGAAGAAUAUCUACGGAAUCAGUACCCCGGCAUCUCGCAUCGCCACGCCACAGGCACCAUUCUAUGAGAAAUGUUUCAAUGAACUUGGACUACCGCACCAAUUUGCCGUCGUCGAACGCCCGUCAAGAGGCUCUGGAGCUGUGGAAGCUUGGUGCAAUCAGAAGGCCUUUGGCGGCGCCUACCUCAGUCCUCCAAUGGCUUUCUCCAGCUUGAUGCAUAACAACACGUUCUUUUCUCGACACAGAAACGGCGCUGGUCCUAUAGUCACCGAGGCAGCCAGGCUUAUUGGCAUGGUCGAUACUAUUGUCGUUCGGCCAAGUUCGAACUCAACCCCCGAAUCUGCCCCUGCUUCCAUUCCUUCCAGCCCUUCUCGACAUGGUGAAAUGUCGCCUCGUGGACUGGCGAACUCCAACGCUGGCCUGCCACCUAGCUCCUCCCUCAUUCUUGAUAAUGCGACUUGGCGCGGGAUCCUGAGUACGCUGACUCGAGACUUGGCCCCUUCAGCCUACUUGGGACGAACAGCAUUAGUCCUGGCAUCGAGCUCGGACGAUGCCGUAUCCGUCAUAUUUGCUCUCAAAGCGCUGCAGGUUGGAAAGGUGUACACUGUAGGCUUUAAAACUCCACUGGCUCUUUCACGAGGCAUGGUCAUCGAGCCGUUCAACAGUCUCGAGAGCCUCCAAAGAGCGCGGAUGGUGGGAGACGAGGCAAGUCCAUUCGUCAUUGUUUCCGCCUUGGGCCCUGAAAAGAGCAACAUAGUCGGCAUGCUGCUUCGCGUGUUUGGCGGCACAAGAGGUCCCUCAGCGUCAAAUACUAGGAAGAUCUUCUUAGAUUUGGCAGAUGGGCCGCGCAAAGGCGACCCCGGAAUCGUUGCUGAGCAAAGCGGCUUCGCAGCCUAUGGUGUUGCAGAUGUCGCAGCCUUCACUACGGUCGAAACUUUACGGCUUCUCGUCGGCCAGAAUGUCCCGUACAGUUUUGUGCGGCUGGCGAGCGGGAGAGGCGUGUUCUAG